AUGGCACCCAAGGAACCUUUCAAAGUUCACUCUUUGAGCAAGCACAUUGAGGAUACGAAGAAGGGCCUCAGUGCUGAAGCUCAGUACAACAAACGGCCCAUCGGCAAGUCGAAAGCUUCGUUCAAGAGGGAACCCGGCACUAUUGACAAGGCCAUUUUCGGCAACGAGUCUGAAGACGACGAUAGCGGCAGCAGCAGCAGUGGGAGUAGUGAUGAAGACGGCUCCGACUUUUUGCGGAAGCUUCAAGCUUCAAAAACAUCUACAAAUGCAACUCCCAAGAAGCGCGUCAAGAGAGAGGAGAUUGCCGAUAGCGACGAUGAGCGCCGCUCAACCGCCAAGAAUGUCACGUCGGUCAAAUCAAAGCAACUGGUGCAAUCCGGUGCGCCUUCAUCGGAUGACUCGAGCAGUGAAUCCGAGUCCGAAUCAGGAUAUGGGGCUAAGCUGAAGUCAACCAAAGGUGAACAGAAAGUGAGAGCAAACGGAGCGCCAUUGAAAACUGUGGCUCCGUCCAGCUCCGGCUCCAGCUCUGAUUCUGAUUCGCAAGAGGAAGAAGGAGACGAAAGCAGUAGUGAUGAAAAACCACCUAAGGAGGCAACUGCGGCAAAAGUCAAAGAGUCGACCUCAUCAGACCAAGAGUCCAGCGAUAAUGCCAGUGACGAAGAAAGUGACGAAGAAAGUGACGACGAAAGUGAGCCAGCGGCUUCUGCAAAACCCAAGCCAGCGAUCACGUCGACCAAUGGCACUUCCACAGCCACCACUUCGGAGACAAGCUCCAGCGAUGAGGGUACUGAUGACGAGGAUAAGACGGCUGCCCAAGCAAAACCAGUCGCUACGGGGAAGUCAGUUCCCGAUGAGUCAUCAGAUGAUGCAUCCGAAGAAUCGAGCGAAGAAGAAGACGCAGACGUGUCAAUGCACAUUGCUGAUCGUCAGCAUGAUCGUCGGGCCACUGUCCCAGACUUUAUCGCCCCAGACUUUGUUCUUCGCAAAAGUGAUGGUGGGACCAACGGACAAGACGUUGCUCGCAUUUGCAGCCAAGCCAAUCUGCAAGGGAAACAAGUCUGGUACUUUACGGUGCCAGCUAACGUACCCAUCUCGGUUGUACAGAAUAUGGAGAUCCCUAUGAACCAAUCUCAAAGCGGCGACAGCAUCUUCUCGCACAAUGGCGAAGAUUAUGGCAUUUCUGUGGACAGUAUGACUCCAAAGAGCUCGAUUCAAAUUCUAAUACCCUCUUCUGACGGAACGCGAUAUCGAUCCGGCUUAGGGGCUACUUCUUCUGUCGGACCUACUCCGAAGCCACCGGCUCGACAACAGCCCGAGGGCCUCAAAGCCAGAUAUCAACCAUAUGGAGUCACUAGUCCCAUGGGUCAAAUUGGUGUAGAUGUAUCCUUCCGGGUUGAAAAUGAUACAGAGAUGGCCGAUACUCCUGCUCCUGCUCCUGCUAUCCCCUCUAGCAGCCCACAGAGCAAGUCGGACAAGAAGGAAAAGAAAAGGAAGGAGAAGGAAAACGGCGAGUCUAAGACGCCAAGAAAGGGCAAAAGAAAGCACAUUUCUUCUGAAGAUGAUGCGGUCGCUGCUACAGAACAACUUAUGGAGGAGAACCUGUCCGCAGAGACCAAAGCAAAGAAGCAAAAGACUGAGCGCGUUGGAAGUCCAGAUCUCGGAUCCGAUGCGCCGCCAUCGUCUGUCUCCAAGAAACAGACGCUCCUUGUCCCCCCGGCCAUUCCUGGAUCAACGCCCUCGUCGAAGUCCAAGUCCAACAAAUCUAAGCCCGAGACUCCAGCACCAAAACCUCGCCAGACGGCAGUUCCUGUCCCUCAAGUGCCCGGAUCAUCUCAACUAAAGGUUUCCCCUGUCCCCCUUCCUCAACCUGGCGUAGCUUCCACGCCUCUUGCAGAAAGGGACAACAAGAAGUCCAAGAAGAAGAAGACAAAGACUCCUGAUGCCACGGCAAAAACUCAGCAGAGUCCUCCUCCAAGUGCACAGCCAGCAGGCAAAAACAGCAAGAUAAAGGUGACUCCUGUACCGAUGCCAAAGCUAAAGACCACAGGCUAG